CACACAUAAUCACUCCGUCGCAUACACACUCUCGUACCGUAGAAAAAUUAGUACUGCACUAUUAGAUCUGACAUGAUUCGAUAAUCAAUUUAUAUUGCAGACAAGGCUGCUGAUGAAGGGUUCUAUAAACGAAUCUUUUUAAGGCCCGGCUGGUAGACGAGAUGGAGCGAUGAGAAGUGAGUAGGUCUCAGGAGUGAAAUGCACUGAGAGUCGCCAGCAUUGGCAGCAAAGCCUCGAAUCUUUUUAAGGCCUGGCCAGUGGACGAGACGGAGUGAUGAGAAGUGAGUAGGUCUCGGAGUGAUGAUCAAUUUAUAUUGCAGACAAGGCUGCUAAUGAAGGGUUCUAUAAGCGCCAAUCAAGUCGAGUCCAAGGGCAAAAAAAACGCACCGAAGCCGCCAGCAUUGGCAGCAAAGCCUCGGCUGGUGGACGAGAGCGAGAAAAGAAGACGGAAAGCUGCCAGUAUUGGUGUCAAAAAGAUGUUCGCGCUGGGUGGAUCCUUGAUGUGCGCAUACUCGUCUCGUAAGGCCUCACUACUAGACUCUUUCAACCUCACGGCAGCCUUGCGAGGUGUUUCAAGAUCGGCUCAGCAGUUGUCGGCAGCUCUGAUCACGGAGCCUGGCCCAAUGUUGACACGUGCAGAGUUAGAUACCUUGGGGCAUCAAUGAAUUUUAUGAAUGAUCAUAGUGCAGUACUAAUUUUCCUACAAUACAA